GGCGGGGCUUGCCGGAAUACGGGUGUGGUAGUCGCUUCCAACAUGGCUGAGAGCGGCGCUGAGCUGAAGCGGGAGGUGAUUGACGCCGCUGCGAGGUUUGCGGACACCCCGGACCUCAGGAGCGUUUUAGUCACCAGCGUUUUAAACCUGGAGAAGCUGGAAUACGACCUGUACAGAGGGAAGCAUCACUGGGUUCCUCGAUCUCAGCGCCUGUUCGGGGGUCAGAUUGUGGGCCAGGCUCUGGUAGCAGCAGCCAGGUCUGUCACUGACCAGCUCCACGUCCAUUCACUGCACUGUUACUUCCUUCGAGCAGGUGAUCCCAAAGUUCCAGUGCUUUACCAGGUAGACCGGACCCGAGAUGGCCGCAGUUUCUGCGUUCGAUCUGUGAAGGCCAUCCAGCACGGUCAGCCGAUACUGACAUGUCAGGCGUCCUUUCAUAUGUCGCAGCCCAGUCCACUGGAGCACCAGUUCACAAUGCCCAGCGUCCCCCCACCUGAUGCCCUGCUUACUGUAGAGGAACUUAUCCAGAGACACCUGAGCGAUCCAAAUGUGGCUGAUGUUACCAAACAGGGCUUGAAUAAAAUACUGGCAGAAGAGGUUCCCAUCGAGAUCAAACCAGUGAAUCCACCUGAUUUCCGUAGACAUGUUGUCAUGGAACCCAAGAAACUGUUCUGGGUCAGAGCAAAAGGGCAUAUAGGGGAGGAAGACAUGAAACUGCACUGCUGUGUUGCUGCUUAUGUGUCGGACUACUCGCUCCUCCCCACUGCGCUGCUGCCUUACCCCAAGUACAGGGCUCAGUUCUCAGCCUCCCUCGACCAUGCCAUGUGGUUCCACAACACUUUCCGAGCAGACCAGUGGAUGCUGUAUGAAUGUGAGAGUCCUUGGGCAGGAGGGAGUAGGGGAUUGGUCCAAGGCCGCAUGUGGAGACAGGACGGUGUUCUUGCGGUCUCUUGUGCACAAGAAGGAGUGCUAAGAGCCAAGAAUACUACUCAGAGUAAACUGUAGAUGAGUUUGGACAGAUUAUUGUUUAUGAAAAUCUUGCUUUAUGAAACUCCUCUUGAUCAUUUCCAGUAUGAAACAGACUUUUGACCAGUUGAUCGCCAUUAUUAAUCACAGAGAUUUACAGGUACACGGUCCUAAAGCACUCUGCUGAUCUUCCUGCGAUUGACCGUCCACAAAGCACUCAGUCAGCUCAGAUUGCUCAUUGUGUUCUCAGCCAUUCAAUGGAAGGUGAAGUGCCGCCCAUUAAACACUCGUUAAUACCCAGAAAGCAUUCAUUGUUCAGUUCAUUGUGAUACUUUUUUUAUUCUUUUUUUUUAAAUUCAGAGCACAGAACCCACUGCGUUUGUGCUCUGUGGAACUAGACCUCCACAUUUAAUCCAUCCGUGCAGUGAAACAACCACAUACACACUAGUGAACACACACACACACUACCAGGCAGUGACCGGCGACCUUCAGGUCAAGGCUGGUUCCCUAACCUCCAGCCCACGACUGCCCUGUACCACCCUAUAUAUUAUGUUUAUCUUCCUCUGGCUGGACGUGCUCUGUUUUAGCAGCUUCUCUUUUCCUUACACUAACAGAUGUGAGUGACUUAAUGUGGAAAACAUUGGACUAAGUGUUCAAAUGUGGAAUAUCGAUGUUCUUAUACUGGUAUGUCAUGAUAUUCUCCAGUGUCUGGAUGAAACGUUCAAAUUUGCACUCAUUUAUACAUUAAUAAAUUAAUUUUUACUAAA